UCCCACUAGAAAUUGGCCUUCUCGAUCGGAUCAAGAUCUUUACUGUUACUAACAAUCGAUUAUCAGGGCCAGUGCCAAAUUUUUUACGUAAUAUUCCAGCAGACAGCUUUCAGAACAACACAGGACUCUGUGGGAAGCCUUUGAAAAGUUGCUCAAGUCAUCAAAUGAAGUUUGAUUACUCAUUCAAAAGUGGUUUUGUGAUUGGUUAUAUAGUUUUUUCAACUUCAGUUGCAAUUUUUUUUACAUCCUGCUGUGUACCAUGGGUGUAUAUUGGGGAGAGGGAAAAAAAAUCACAAUAUCAGAAAUGAUGAUGUUGAUGGUGAAGAGGAAGCAUAAGAUAACAGAUGAUGAUCACGCAGGCAGCUCUCCAACAGGAGGUCUCUUAGAGGAAGGAAUUAAAGAGAUUUCCAUGUUGGAGAAGAGGGUUACAAGAAUGAGCUACGCAGAUCUUAAUGAUGCCACCGAUAAUUUCAGUGAGAACAAUGUCAUCGGACAGGGAAUGAUGGGGAUGCUGUACAAGGCAUCAUUGCCUAAUGGUUAUGUCGUUGCAGUGAAGAAGUUGCAUGACUCUCAGUUCCUUGAAGAACAAUUUAUAUCCGAGUUGAAGAUACAUGGUUCAUUGAGACAUAUCAUUAACGUACGUACUUCCACUGUUGGGGUUUUGCGUUGAGUCAAACCAAAGGUUUCUGGUUUACAAUUAUAUGCCAAAUGGUAACCUUUAUGAUUGGCUACAUCCCAUGGAAGAAGGUCAGGAAAAAGCUAUGGAAUGGGGUGUGAGGGUUAAAGUCGCCGUCGGAUUAGCAAGAGGCUUGGCAUGGCUUCAUCAGAACUGUCAUACCGUCAAAAUAAUCCAUCUUGACAUUAGCUCAAAAUGCAUAUUACUUGAUCAGAACUUUCAGCCCAAGUUAUCAAAUUUUGGAGAGGCAAUGCUCAUGAGUUCGACCUGCGCUUCCUCCGUAAAUAGUGAGUUUUGGGAGAUGGCAUUUGUGAAGGAAGAUGUGCAUGGAUUUGGAGUUGUGCUUCUUGAGAUGAUUACUGGGGUGGAUCCUAGCAACAUGACUGGUUCCUCAAACAAUGUUCUUAAUGAAUGGAUUGGUCAUCUUUUGAGCAGUUCGGAUUUUCAUGGCGCGAUAGACAAGUCUCUGAUCGGGCAAGGAUUUGACGCUGAGAUCGUUCAGCUGCUUAAAGUUGCAUGUACCUGUGUUGAUCCCAUUCCAGAUCGAAGACCGAUAAUGCUUCAAGUGUACGAAGACAUAAAAGCAAUAAGGGAGAGAUGUGACCUAGUAGAUGAUUCAUCGAUGCUAACGCAACCUGAAAUUUGCCCUGCUACUUCAGAAAAAUCUGUGGAGAUUGAAAUGGCAGAAUUCCAAUGAAAACAACAGGACAAACAAAAGGCAAGUCUGCAUUUUCUAGUUUCUAUCAUGCUUUGGUGUAAUGAACCAAUAUUGUACACAAUAUGAUAGCUUUUGAGAAUAAAUCUCCAGAAAUUUUACAGUGGUUGAUUAA